CGUCAAAUGGUUGGAACGAUUUCUGAAUAAAUGUUGCUAAAAAGGCUUUAAAAUUUUAUAAAUAUUGUAAAUAACUGUUUAUUAGGAAUUAUUAGUAAAGUAGCUAUUUAUUUGGAUGUAUAAGGCAAAAGAUUCCAACAUUCCUUAGUUGUAGAAACUAAUGUUUUUCUAGGCUAAGCUCUAACACAAUAAUGGGCGGUUUAUUUAGUUACUUCCGAGGGUUGUUGGGGGCACGGGAAAUGAGGAUUUUGAUCCUGGGUUUGGACGGCGCCGGGAAGACAACAAUAUUGUACAAACUACAGGUUGGCGAAGUGGUGACGACCAUACCGACAAUCGGCUUCAAUGUGGAGCAGGUCACAUACAAAAAUUUAAAGUUUCAAGUUUGGGAUUUGGGCGGACAAACUAGCAUCAGACCUUAUUGGCGAUGUUACUAUGGCAACACAGAUGCAAUAAUAUAUGUUGUUGACUCAGCGGACAGGGAUCGAAUAGGAAUAUCUAAAGAUGAACUAGUACAUAUGUUAAGAGAAGACGAGCUAGCGAACGCCAUCCUAGUAGUCCUAGCCAACAAACAGGAUAUGGCGGGCUGCCUCACCGUCGCCGAGGUGCAUCAGGCUCUAGGCCUGGACGCGCUGCGCGAUAGGACCUUCCAGAUAUUCAAGACCUCCGCAGUGCGGGGGGAGGGGCUCGACCAGGCGAUGGACUGGCUGUCCAACGCGUUGCAAGCUAGGAAAUAACAUUGAGAUAUGCAGUGGUUUGAAUUUGAAGACAUCAAAAACAAUAAAUUGAACGCGUUUGUGAAGGUAUAGUCAAGUUAACGCAUUAGGGUAGCGUCGGCGCCGACACAACUGCAGUCACCUCUUAACCCACCCCCUUGUUAGUAAACGUGGCGUAACGACGGAAUACGCAGUGUUGGCCAAUGAAUAAGAAAUAUUAAGGAAGAGUUUUUUUCUAGUAAUAAGCCGUUGCCCGCAUUCGUGUUUUUUUUACGGUUUUAUUCAAUUCCCUUGAGAACCGUUUGUUGUCCAGCAGGGCUCAGCACAGGCAGGGGACAACAAUAAAACAUAAAAAAUAAAUAAAUAAAUAUACUACGACAAGACACACAUCGCUAACUAGGCCCAAAGUAAGCGUAACUUGUGUUA